AUGGGCACCGUCCACGCCAGGAGCCUGGACCCUCUGCCCAUGCAGGGUCCUGAGCUGGGAGUUCAUGCCGAUGACAUCGAGCCUCCUGAUAUUGAGCAGGAGCCCAAACAGGAAAUUCUAGAAAACAAGGAUGUGGUAGUCCAGCGUGUGCACAUAGACGGGCUUGGAAGGACCAAGGAAGACCUGCUUUCUUAUGAGAUCUCAGAUGUUUUCCGUGCAAAGAAUUUAAUUGACGUGAUGAAAAGAUCCCAUGAAGCCAGGCAGAAGCUACUCCGUCUUGGAAUCUUCCGAAAAGUGGAAGUUGUUAUUGACACCUCUAGAGGUGAUGAUGCUCUUCCCAAUGGCCUCGAUGUGACAUUCGAGGUCACCGAACUGAGGCGGAUGACUGGCAGUUACAACACAAUGGUCGGGAACAAUGAAGGAAGUAUGGUGCUAGGUAUGAAGUUGCCCAAUGUAUUUGGCCGAGCUGAAAAGCUCACUUUUCAGUUUUCGUAUGGCACCAAAGAGACUUCCUACGGUCUUUCGUUUUUCAAACCUCAAGUGGGAAACUUUGAACGCAACAUCACGCUCAACGCCUACAAAGUAACCGGUCAGUUUCCUUGGAGUUCGCUGAGGGAGACAGAUCGGGGCAUCUCUGCUGAGCUGAACUUUCCGGUGUGGAAGACUAACCAAACUCUGAAGUGGGAAGGGGUCUGGAGAGAUUUGGGAUGCCUUGCUCGCACUGCUUCCUUUGCUGUCCGGGAAGAGAGUGGACAUUCCCUCAAGUCGUCACUUGCGCAUGCUAUGGUGAUCGACACCAGAAACUCUUCUAUCUUGCCAAGAAAAGGUGGCCUGUUGAAAAUACACCAGGAGCUUGCCGGUUAUACUGGUGGAGAUGCCAGUUUUCUGAAGGAGGACUUUGAGAUCCAGCUCAAUAAAAGCCUUUUCUGGGACUCUGUUCUGUCUGCUUCCUUGUGGGGUGGUUUGCUGCUGCCUAUUGGUGACAAGCCGACAAGCAUAGCAGAUAGAUUCUAUCUGGGUGGCCCUACCAGUAUUCGAGGUUUUAGCAUGUACAGCAUGGGUCCACAAAGUGAAGGUGAUUAUCUUGGAGGAGAGGCCUACUGGGCGGGAGGCCUUCACCUGUAUACUCCGCUGCCCUUCCGACCAGGCAGGGGGGGUUUCGGCGACCUUUUCCGAACACAUUUCUUCCUCAACGCUGGGAACCUUUGUAACCUAAACUAUGGGGAGGGCCCUCAAGCACACUUGAAGAAACUGGCAGAGUGCAUCCGAUGGUCAUAUGGACUUGGCAUAGUGUUGCGUUUGGGAAACAUUGCCAGACUGGAGUUGAACUACUGCAUUCCCAUGGGAGUACAGAGUGGAGACAGGAUAUGUGAUGGAGUUCAGUUUGGAGCAGGCAUACGCUUCCUCUGA